GUGGGGGGCGCCAGAGACGCUAAAUUCGGCCCCGACCGCGCUGCGGGCGCACACGGGCUGCGCCUCUUCACAAGACGACAUGGUUGGGCUCCGCUGUCUGGUGGCACUCACGGCCAUCGCAGGCGGGCUCGGCCUGCCGCAGGGCUCCCCCGAACCGGACCCUCUCCAGCUGGGAGGCCUGUUCGACAACGACAGCUCGCUGGCGGCCAUGACGGAUCUCCAGCAGCGCCAGUGCCUUCCGCCGAGGUUCGACCCGAGCAGGGAGCUGCUGGUAGUGGCCCAGUGCAGCCAGCGGCCACACUGCCCCGGAGUCCCCAUCGAUGCCGCCAUCUACGAAUGUCUCGCUAAGACCACUGGUCUGAUCACGAGCGACAAAGUAAACAAAGCUGCAUACGCCGCGUUCAUCAAGAGCCACUCGACUGACGACCGCUGGACGGCGGAGAAGCAGCCACUGGCGGACAUGUGUCUGGCGGCGGUUAACACCUCGCUGACCGGCGGCCAGCAGGCGGUGUACCUCUUCUCCUGCUGGCAGUGGAGUCUGGUGCUGGACUGCGACCUGCACGAGCCGGCCGGGCGGCGCUCGGCGGAGGCGCGGUGCCGGCGCGCCGCCUUCCUGGCCGGCGACUGUCCGCUCAGCCCGCCGGCCGUGCUGGACCAGCUGCCGGGCGUGGCCGCCGAGCGCAGCUGGUCGCAGUGUGCCGCCGCCCGGCCGGACGGGCCGGCUGGGGCCGCCGACCGGUGCCGCCGACUGGACGAGGCCGCCGCGCGCCUGCUCGCCUGCCGGCUGGGCCAGUACACCGGCUCCGGCGGCCGGCUGGAGCUGGGCCGGCUGCGAGCCGACGUGUCCGCCAGUCCCGGCGCCGCUGAGCUCAAACAGGCCGCGCUGCAACUGGUGGACGAGUGCGGCCGGCGCGCCGGCAGCCACGUGGACAAGUUCGUGGACUGCUGGGCGAAACGGGGCAUCAUGACGUGCGCCGUGGCCGAGGCCGCUCACCGUGCCGGCGAGUAUCAGCCGUGCUGAGCGAGCCGUGCCGGCGAGUAUCAGCCGUGCUGAACGAGCCGUGCCGGCGAGUAUCAGACGUGCUGAACGAGCCGUGCCGGCGAGUAUCAGCCGUGCUGAGCGAGCCGUGCCGGCGAGUAUCAGCCGUGCUGAGCGAGCCGUGCCGGCGAGUAUCAGCCGUGGUGAGCGAGCCGUGCCGGCGAGUAUCAGCCGUGCUGAGCGAGCCGUGCCGGCGAGUAUCAGCCGUGCUGAGCGAGCCGUGCCGGCGAGUAUCAGCCGUGCUGAGCGUCCGGCGAGCGUCCGAUGAACGCCAAGCAUGGGGCACCGAGGGCUCUAUCUAUGGGCUAUGGGCAUUGGUUUAACGGUUUUGGGGGAUACAAGACUACUCAUCCCUAUCUCCUAUCGUGGCAGGGUACGUCCAGUGACGUCACGUAAUUGUAGCAUGCUGAUUAGGCAAUGGCUCUAUCACCCGACUGUGGUUUCGAAGUACUAACUAUAUGUAAUCAAACGCACGCGCGCUGACUAUGGAAGUAAUAUGGCUUAAACGACAGAAGACUGCAGUGCUCACUGCUCUGAUUAUUCUUGAAUGACUUAUGCUUCGAUUAAAUAAAGUGAAAAAGUCA